AUGGUUGAACAAAAGCUAACUAAUAACUCAACAUCAACAACUCAAAAUAUAAUUCACCAACACCAACAUCAUUUCCAUCACCAUCAUCAUAUUCAUCACCAUCACCACAAUCAUAACGAAAACAAUUCAAAUAAUGGAAAUAACCAAAAUAGCUUUAAUUUAUUAAAUCAAAACCAAAAUCAAAAUAAUAUUCAGAAAUAUAUUAAUGAUUUAUCAUUAGAUGAAUCUGAAUCAUUAAAUAAUAUUAACUAUGAUUCUAAAAAACCAAAUUAUAAUCAAUUUAGAAAAAAAAUUAAAGGAAAAUGCUAUAUGAAAGGUGACCAAGAUUAUGAAACUCUUUGUAAUGAUAGAUGGGAUCAGGAUCCAAUUAAUCAACCUACUAUUAUUGUUAGAGCAAUUUCAGCUAAUGAUGUUAAAGAAACUAUAAACUUUGUUAGGGAAUAUUGUUUGAAAAUAGCAAUCAAAACCAGUGGCCAUAAUAUUGUCUCAGCAAUUGAUGGGGGUGUUUCUCUUGAUCUUUCAUUAAUGAAAUCAGUAGUUGUAAAUGAACGUGACCAAACUGUAAAAGUAGAAUGCGGUUGUACAUUUCAUGAUAUUGAUGAAAUUACUUCACAAUACGGUCUUGCAAUGCCAUUAGGCCAAAUUUCAUCAAUCGGUGUCGGUGGUUUUAGUACUGGUGGAGGUUUAGGCCACUUAACUAAACCUUAUGGUCUUAGUUGCGAUAAUUUAGUUGAGGCCGAAAUUGUUACAGCAGAUGGUUUAAAAUAUCGUUGUAAUUCAAAUAAGAACCGUGAUUUAUUUUGGGCAAUUAGAGGAGCAGCUGGUUUUGUCGGUGUGGUUACAUCUUUUACUUUCAAGUGCUAUCCAGUUAGUGACAUUGUUAUAGGUACAUUUACCUACGAUAUUAGUGCAAACAAUACCCUCGCAAGAGAUGCACUUGUUCAAGUUGGUACAAGACAUUUACAAUAUCCAACAAAAGAUCAACUGGUUUAUAUUAUCAAUAUUAACCCCGGUGCCACAUCCGAUUCAGUAUUAAUAAAGGCUGUUUAUCUCGAUGGUGCAAAUAAUCCAACUUUAGGUACCCAAUUAAUACAAGAUUUUCAAAAUGCAACAAACCCGACUACCGCCUCAAUCUCUGUAAUUCCAUUCACCAACUUACAAUUUGAAUUUGAUGGUUUAAUUAUGCCGGGUAAAUAUUAUCAAGAAGGUCCUUUAAUAAAAACAACCAUCACCCAAGAUGUUGCCGAUUUAAUCCUCUCUCAUAUGGCCUCGCGUAUUAAGCAAACCUUUUCUUCAAUUAUUAUUACUGAAUUGGGUGGUCAAGUUAACAAACUCUCUACUAGUGACUGUGCUUUCCCAGUUAGAAAUUCUACUUUCAAUAUUUUCUAUACCUCGGUACUCACCAGUGAUGCUACUGUCAAUCAAUCUAUUAAACAAUGGACUCAAAAUUCAAUUAAAGAUUUAUCACCAUAUACAGCAGGUCAUUAUAUCAAUACAACCUAUCUUACUGAUAUGAGAAUUGUAUUUGGUAGUAAUUUUACCAAACUACGUAAAAUCAAAAAUGAACACGACCCAGACAAUAUUUUCCGUUCAUUAUAUAAAUAA